UAAAUAUCUCUCAGAUCAUGUUCUACGCCAUUUGGCUUCGAGUAAUUAGCAGCCACAAUGAAAGUCUUGGUUUUCGCAGCUCUCAGUAUCGUUGCUGUUACAGGCGUGCCCUCGUCAAGGGUAAUUGGAGGUUCAUCGGUUUACGUUGAAAGCCAUCCUUCUAUUGCUUCCCUCCAGACAUGGGAUUGGUUUACGAAUAUGUUCUGGCAAGCUUGUGGUGGAAUUAUCCUCAACAAUCGAGCGAUUCUCACUGCUGCCCAUUGUUUAGAUGGUGAUAACGUCGAUCUGUGGCGAAUCCGCAUAGGUUCCAGUUUUGCCAAUACAUAUGGACAAGCCCACUUGAUCGACCGCCAUAUUGCACAUACUUCAUACAGCUCCAGAACUUUGGAGAAUAACAUCGCUAUCUUGCACUCUGUUACUACAUUUACUUUUAAUGAUAGAGCGAGCCCUGCUUCCAUCGCAGGUCCUAACUACCACAUUGCAGACAACCAAAAUGUUUGGGCAGUUGGAUGGGGCCAGAUCUAUGGGUGUUCGGAGCCACGAUCUAUGUCCACUACUCAUGAAAGACGGAUAGGUUCCGAAGCACUCCGUCAAGUUGCACAAGUGAUUAUAAACCAGGAGACAUGCAGAAGCAACUAUGCUGCCCGUGACAUUGCCAUCACUGAUAACAUGUUGUGUUCUGGCUGGCACACCAAUGGUCGUGGACAUUGUGACAAGGACUCCGGCAGUCCUCUCUACCACAAUGGUGUGGUUGUUGGUAUCUUCACCUUCAGUGUUGGCAUUGCCCAAGCCAACUUCCCCAGUGUCCACACUCGCGUUUCCAGCUACACCUCUUGGAUUACCUCGAACGCAUGAUUUAAAAUUUUAACCACUUUAUUUAUUACUUGCUUUUUGAAUUUUACUGAAAUUGUAUAGGAAUCAAUAAAAGUUGAAUUUAA